AGGUCUAUGGCAGAUCUUAGACAGCCAAACCACAUGUGCCCAUCUCCACAACAAAUCCAUUUCAGUCUCAUCCACAAGCAUGGAAUCAUUCAGACCAAGGCUUUGGUCCCACCAUUAACAAAGCUUAUCUACAGACCAGCAUUGGCAUGGCCUCCCCACUGAUCUACAAAACCAGCAUGGCGUUUCUUCUUCAAUCCCCAUUCCUCACAAGAACUCCUUUAACGCUCACCAAUUUCUCCACAAGUAGAAGAACCCUCUCUACCGUUCUCCUAUCGGCGCCAUGUUUCCUUUCGAGUCCCGGACGUGGGUUGUGCUUAGAAUUCAAGUUCGUGGCGCCGGAUCUAACGGUGGAGGAGGCACGGCCAAGAGCAAGAAUCCACGCUCAGGAACUCGUCGAGCUCAAGGACUUGAUCCAGUUGGAGUCGUGGAAGGAAGCUCAGAAGUCGCUGAGGUCUAGCGCCUCAAGCCUGCGGCAGGAGCUGUACACCAUAAUCCAGUCAAUGCCCGGCAGCAGGAGGCCUCAACUCAGGAAGCUGUACUCGGACUUGUUCAACAGCGUCACCAGAGCUUAAUGGUCAUUACAUCGAACAGUUGGACUACGCAGCUCGAAGCAAGGACGCCGGGCGAGUGCAGGAGUGCUAUAACCAAAUUGUUGCGGCACUUGAUAACAUUUAUGCAAUCAUUCAGUAAGCUUUUCUUGGUCUCAUUUUCAAGCACUCAUGGAGCAAGGAAAAUUUGUUGGACUUCCAAGAGCACACCAGAUUUCCUCUAUUGGUCUCGCAGAGAAGUGUUCUCCAAUUCCUGGAUCCUGUGUCAACGAGAGGAUGCGUAAUAAAGGCAAUGUUCUUCCUCUAGAGAGGAUACACAGUUUCA